CUCUAUCCUUCCUCCCUUCCCAAUUACACUCCAAACUCCCAUCAAUUGCUUCAUCCCUACUUUUCCAUACACUCAAUUUCACCUUCUACAAUCACGAACCACUAGAAACACCUACUCCAUGGCUCUCGCACGCUCUCAAUUCCUGCGCACCUCCGCCCGCGCUCUGGGCACCGUGCGACAAAUGCCCACCCAGCAAUUUGCUCGUCGAACAUACGCCCAAGCCGCUCAAUCGACCAACAAGUCCUCCGACCUUCCCUGGCUCAUUGGCUCCCUCGGCCUCGGCAUCCCCGGAGCUUACUACCUGCUCGCAACCGGCCCCAAAGCCGCCGCCUCCUCGCACGACACCCCCGACACCCACAACCACGGCGAGCCCAAGGGCAAGGUGUCGACCUCCGCUCCGAUCGAGAAGGAAGAAGCCGCUGCCGCCAAGGACUCGACUCCCCAACCAGACCGUGACGCCGAGCAAAAGAUUGAGUCGUCGGAUUCGGGCGCAGCAGCUGCCUCGACGGAUGGAAAGGCGCCUUCUGAGGCUGAUGAGGUACGUUCCCUUCUGUGCUUGUUCCGAUUUUGUGUGUGGCUUGGAAGGGUGUGGGGUUCGAGUUUCGUGGAUUGUUCAGUUGUUGGCUGUGAUUGAUGUGAUAGUACUGACGCAGUCGGCCAACAAAAAAAUAGCCAUCGACCCGUAAGGAGGCCGGUAAUUUCUCUACUAUCUCCGGCAAGCAGGAGGGCCUUUCCAACACCAC